UUUAUUACUUUCCUUUUUGUCUUCCCGUAGAUUCUACCGGUCGAAGUCGCCGGCCGUCGGAGAUGGCGAUUUGGGGACGGAAUUCGCUAACUCUCUCGUCAAAGCUUGUAGGGAUUAGUGGCAACCAUUCGUUGAUUUUUCUUCUUCGCGCUUCGCGGAAUUCUCCGAAUCAUGGACUUCUCGCUCGAUCUAAUUGCACCCGGUCGGAGCCUUCGUCCGCCGGAAAUCCGGUGAAUUGGGCACAAUCGGGACCGGAGGUUCCGGUUUAUGGGCCGCGUGAGGCGUCAGGGAGUGCUAUUGACCUGCAGUCGUUGGCGGCUGCGUCCGCCGUUCGGGUUAAGGAAGCGGCGGAUUUGGCGAAGCACUAUGGGCGUUGUUAUUGGGAACUCUCGAAAGCUCGACUCAGCAUGCUUGUUGUUGCCACUUCUGGCACUGGAUAUAUCCUUGGAAGUGGAAGCUCCAUCGAUUAUCUUGGUCUUUGCUGCACAUGUGCUGGUACAAUGAUGGUUGCAGCUGCAGCUAACUCCUUAAACCAGGUGUUUGAGGUGAAAAAUGAUGCUAAGAUGAACAGAACCAGACGAAGACCACUACCAGCUGGCCGUAUAACCAUACCUCAUGCUGUUGGCUGGGCAGCUUCCAUGGGCGUUGGUGGAACUGUGCUACUGGCAAGCAAGGCUAAUAUGAUGGCAGCUAGCCUUGCAGCUUCGAAUCUAGUUCUCUAUGCAUUUGUAUAUACUCCAUUAAAGCAGAUACAUCCAGUAAAUACUUGGGUCGGGGCUAUAGUCGGCGCAAUUCCCCCUCUUCUGGGGUGGGCAGCAGCAGCUGGUGAGGUCUCACUUAAUGGAAUGAUACUCCCCGCGGCUUUAUAUUUUUGGCAAAUACCUCAUUUCAUGGCCCUUGCAUAUUUAUGCCGCAAAGAUUAUGCUGAUGGAGGGUUCAAGAUGUUUUCUCUUACGGAUACCACCGGUAGAAGAACAGCAUUGGUCGCUUUAAGAAACUGUCUUUAUCUGCUUCCAUUAGGCUAUCUAGCAUACGAUUGGGGUAUCACUUCCGGAUGGUUCUGCGCAGAGUCGACGCUCCUCGCUCUUGCAAUCACCUUAACCGCAGGAUCAUUUUAUCGCAACCGUACAACGGAACAUGCUCGGAGAAUGUUCCAUGCCAGCCUUCUUUAUCUACCUGUCUUCAUGGGCGGGCUUCUGCUCCACCGUAUUUCUGACAACGAGCUUACCCUAACCGGACAUAACUCAAAUCGGGUAAUCGAUCUUUCAUUAUCCUCGGAGGAGACAAAACCAGUCGACCAGACACAACCUCAGGAAAAGAGACGGCCUUCCCACAACCGGCAACGCCCACCUGUGGCAUAUGCCUCCGUUGCGCCGUUCCCGUUCUUGCCAGCUCCUUCUUACAUCGAAAACUAUUGAGGAUCUUCGCCUACGAGGUAAGUAAUGUUUGUUUAUGGGCUUUGUUUGUGGAGUUGUUUUGGCAAUAAGUUUAAUCGGGUUCUCCGAUCUUUUUUUAAAUUUUUUUUUUUUUUAAUGAAUAGUUUGAGGCGUCGAAGGCUCGUUCUAAUGUGUUCUCCAUUAAUGGAGAAAUUCAAUAAGUGAGCUCGAAUCGAGCUGAAGAAAAUUUUGGCUUUCUUUUUGUUAUGGCAAGAAUGAUUCAAAUGGUUUUUGUUGUAGGACUUGACCUUUUUUUUUUUUUUUGGUUGAAUUUAUUGUGUAUAUUUUACAUGUGACAUGCCAAUUGCCAAUGGAUGGUCAUUUGAGGUGUAAUUUAUAGGUAAAUUAAAUUGUCAUUAUAUAGUAUACUUCCUCUGUCCCACAUACUGUCUUUGAUUUUCAUUGGUUUACGUAUUUUCUUCAUCCCGGAACUAAAUAUUCAUUUGUUUUUUUGCACGUAGUUUUAGAAAUAUUAGUAUUAUAUUGGAAUAUAGUAGGAAUAAAGUAGAAAUGACUAAAAUAACCUUAUUAGUAUGUGUGAUACAAAGGUAAUGACGUUGUAAGUUGUAAGGGUAUUUGUAAUAUUAGGUAGAUAGUACAGUUACUAAAAAAAAUUGAUAGUUUAUUAUGGGACGGACUAAAAUGAAAAAAUAGAUAUUUUGUUAUGGGACGGAGGGAGUAUUUUAUUUGUUGUACCCCUUAAAGGUGUUGACAUAUACACAUACAAAAGGUGCAAACACAUACAAACACACACGUAUACACACACAAACAUACAUACAGGCACACACAAAGACAUAUAGACAGACAUACAAACAUAUACAAAAAUGUAUACACAUAGACACAUACAAAGAUACACAAAGACAUAUAGACAUACACAUAUAUAUAUAUAUAUAGAUACACAAACA